CUCUGUUUUUUUUCAUCCCCUAUUCUUCUUCUUCCCCAUCCCCCCAUUCCAGUCCUCUUUUAUAACUCUGCCAUCUCAUACAAUAAUUUCCAAUUUUUGUUUCGUUUUGGGGCAAGACUAAAAAUAUAUAUAGCCCUUAGUUAUUUGUAUUCGACAUCUUAUUAUCUUAUAUUUCAGCACUUAGUUUUAUUCUCUCAAAGUUUAUUAAACACUUUUAAUUCUUCAAUUCAACGGCGGAGGUACCACGCCGAAAGAGAAAGCUGAACAUCUAGAGGCUAAAGCCUCUUUCUUCCCAAUCAAAAUGGAUAGCUGUCAAUUGUUGUUGUCGGGCAAAGAGGAAGGGUGCUGCGGGAGGGCAAUCGAGCUGCGGAUUGACUCACUAAUCAAGGAGUUGUUCAUCCAAAUCAACUCAUUGUUCUGGACCCGGCUCCUGUUGCCCUAGCAAGAAUCAUGAAGGAAGACAGGUUGGGAGUUAGCCUCCCUGGCUAGAAUGUUUUAAAUAUCUGUUGAGGGUUUAAAUUAGCGUUACUUUCGUUUACUGUUAUUUAUUUCUUGUUAUUUUUCCUUUUUUCUGUAUCUUUGUAUCCUCGUGAGAAUAAAAAAAAAGAAAAAACUUUCAAUUCUUAGAUCAAUAUAUAUUUUUAAUUAACGGGUACUGGAUACCCGAGUUACAAAAUAAACAGUCCAUGCCUGAACCGCCGACCCGAUUAUUUUCACGAAACGGGUACCCGACCCUUUAAGUUUAGGAAAAACAAAAAACUACCCAGUUUAUUUGCGUCGGGUCGACGGGUUGGAUAAUACGGGUCAGGCUGCCUCCAGCAUCCCUGAUCUCUCAAAUCCCAGUAUUCCACUAUCCCAGACACUUCUCUAACCCUAACUCAAGUAUUCAACUUCUCUCUCAAUCCUCACCGGUGGGUGCUAUAGUAGUACUCCUCGUCGACGGCUCCUAGUACUCCUCGUCAGCGGCUCCUGUAGCAACAAUGGCGAAGAAGAAAGAGAGCAAGCAGAAAGAGAGUAAGCCGAAGCAUUCGCUUGAUGUGAACAGAGCCAAUGCUACCACCAGCAGCAGCCGUAGCGCUGCCACUGUGCGGCGGCUCAAGAUGUACAAAACUCGACCCUCUAGGAAUACCCAGGGCAAGAUUAUGAGCCAACAGUAUCAGUCCAGCGAUUUGCCUGAUUCUCGAAUUCAACCUGACCGUCGCUGGUUUGGGAACACUAAAGUUAUCCCCCCAAAGGAACUUGAGUUUUUCCGUGAAGAGCUUACAAAUCGCAUGUCAAACAACUAUAAUAUGAUAUUGAAAGGAAAGAAUCUUCCUAUGUCCCUUUUAAAUGAUCUUCCCAAGCAACGGAGAGUUCAUCUCCUUGACACGGAACCUUUUGAGAAUGCUUUUGGACCAAAAGGGAAACGAAAGCGCCCAAAGCUUCAGGCAACAGAUUACCAGUCUCUGGUGCAGAAAGCUGAUAGUUUACAAGAUGAAUAUGAACAGAAGAAAGAAGCUAUGCCUUCUACUGAAGGAGACGAAGUGGAUGGAUUCCGGGAUUUGGUUCGCCAUACAAUGUUUGAGAAAGGUCAAAGCAAACGUAUAUGGGGUGAACUUUACAAAGUUGUUGAUUCAUCAGAUGUUGUUGUUCAAGUUUUGGAUGCUAGGGACCCACAAGGAACAAGAUGCUAUCAUCUAGAGAAGCAUAUAAAAGAGAACUGCAAGCAUAAGAAUAUGGUUUUUCUUCUAAAUAAGUGUGAUCUGAUUCCAGCUUGGGCUACAAAAGGAUGGCUAAGAGUAUUGUCAAAGGAAUUCCCAACCCUAGCUUUCCAUGCUAGCAUCACCAAGCCUUUUGGAAAGGGUUCUCUCCUUUCAGUGCUGAGGCAAUUUGCACGGCUAAAGAGUGACAAGCAAGCAAUAUCAGUGGGAUUUGUUGGCUACCCCAAUGUUGGGAAAUCAUCAGUUAUCAAUACAUUGCGUACUAAAAAUGUUUGCAAGGUUGCUCCCAUACCCGGGGAGACUAAAGUCUGGCAAUAUAUCACGCUUACCAAGAGGAUUUUUCUAAUAGAUUGCCCUGGUGUCGUUUAUCAGAAUAGUGACACAGAGACAGAUAUUGUUUUGAAGGGCGUGGUGCGAGUUGCAAAUUUGCAUGAUGCUUCUGAGCACAUUGGGGAAGUGCUGAAACGUGUAAAGAAGGAGCACCUUCAAAGAGCAUAUAAGAUUAAGGACUGGGAGGAUGAUCACGAUUUUCUCUUUCAGCUUUGCAAGCUAUCUGGCAAGCUUUUAAAGGGUGGAGAACCAGACCUGAUGACAGCAGCAAAAAUGGUCCUUUACGAUUGGCAGAGAGGCAAGAUACCCUUUUUUGUUCCUCCUCCACAGGAGGAAGAUAAUACAUCAGAGGUGCCGCUUGUUGCUGGCGAUGAUAGAGAUGGAGAGACAGAGACAGAGGAAGAUAAAGAUAAAGAAAAGUCGUCAUCUGCAAUGAAAGCUAUUGCAGAUGUUAUUUUGUCUCAGCAGCUGGAAAAUGUCCCAGUUCAAACUGAACUGUUUAGUGAAACUGAGCUCAAGGGGGGAGAUGUCUGAACAAACUGUGAAUCCCAGAGUAAUAAGUUUUGUUUUGUUUUGUUUUGUUUUUCUGCUUUUUUUUUUUUUUUUGUAAUGUGAUAUUGCGAAUGAAAACAAAGAUAUAAGAGAUUAGUUCUAUUGUAGCCGUGGCCGUGGGUGGCUAUUAUUUUUGGUUAA